GCCCGUGGAGGAGGAGGAGGGCCGCCAGUGUUGACAUGCUGCUGGAGGAGGUCCGUGCCGGCGACCGGCUAAGCGGGGCCGCGGCCCGGGGCGACGUGCAGGAGGUGCGCCGCCUUCUGCACCGCGAGCUGAUACACCCUGACGCCCUGAACCGCUUUGGCAAGACGGCGCUGCAGGUCAUGAUGUUUGGCAGCCCCACCAUCGCCCUGGAGCUGCUGAAGCAAGGUGCCAGCCCCAACGUCCAGGACAUCUCUGGCACCACACCGGCCCACGAUGCAGCUCGCACUGGAUUCCUGGACACUCUGAAAGUCUUGGUGGAACAUGGUGCCGAUGUCAACAUACCUGAUGGCACUGGGGCUCUUCCCAUCCAUCUGGCAGUGCGGGAGGGCCACACUGCGGUGGUCAGCUUCCUGGCUGCUGAGUCUGAUCUCCAACACCGGGACGCCAGGGGGCUCACGCCCCUGGAGCUGGCGCAGCAGAGAGGGAAUCGGGACCUCAUGGACAUACUGCAGGGGCACACAGUGGCCUCGCUGUGACCAGGAUCCAGCUGGGCGCAUCUCUGAGGGAGGGAAGACACUUUCUCCUCUCCUACUGCCCAGUGCUGAGGGGGAGGGGCGCCAGUUUGUGGCUUGUUGGUGUUGAUUUCUGGGGGUGUGUGUCUUCGGGGGGCGUUUCUCGUUUGUUUUUCUCACCCCUUUUGGUGUGUUGGAAAGAGAGGGGCUCCUGCAUGCAACAGCCACCUAAACGGUUCGGUUUCCUCCGCGGCCCAGGCUGCUGGGGCUGCAGACUAGGCCUGGGCAGAGUUAAAGCCCCAGCCCUGAAGCGAGGUCAUCGGGUCAUCACUCCGAAGUCUCCUGGUACCUGGCGACCUCGGCCAACUGCGCCCAGAGACCUGAAGGGUGCGCACUGCUUUGGGCAUGGGGUGGGGGCAGUGUUCCAAACCUAUAAAGGGGUGGCAUGAAUUCAUUUAUAUUUUGUUGAAAGCCUGUUUUCCAGUCUCUUGUACAGUGUUGGAAAAAAUAGAUUCUAUUUAUUAAGCAUUAUGGAAAAAAUUGUUGCGUGUGAUAAUUUAAUGUUUUUAUCCAUUAAAUUAAGACUUGAGUAUGACCACA